AUGUCCCAAACCAACGCCACCGUCGAGACGCUCACCGAAGCUCUGCCUACCGUCAAGGUAGCAGCUCAGCAAAACCCCAUCCCCAUCCAUACUCUGCAGACCAGCUCUGCUUCUGACAAUGCUGCUCUCGGCCAGCGCCACCUAUUGCCCGAAUUCAGCCUCAAGGACAAGGUCAUCGUUGUCUCUGGUGGCGCACGAGGCUUGGGCUUGGUCCAGAUCGAGGCCUUGCUCGAGGCCGGCGCCAAAGUCUGGGCCAUCGAUCGAUUGGAGUCCCCGGAAUCCGACCCGACCUCAGAUUUCGCGAAGAUCUCCAAACGGGCACGCGAGGAGCUUGGCACCUCUUUGGCAUAUCGUCAAGUUGACGUAAGAAACUCUGCAGAGCUGAACAAGAUCUUCGAGGACGUGGCCGAGCAGACCGGUCGUCUGGAUGGCUUGAUCGCCGCUGCGGGCAUCAACCAGGAGACGCCGGCCCUUGAGUAUACAGCCGAGGAUGCUGAUCGAAUGAUGAGCAUCAACUUUACCGGUUGCUUCAUGACUGCCCAGGCGGCAGCUCGCCAAAUGGUUCGCCUCAAGACGCCUGGAAGCAUCUGCCUCAUCGCCAGCAUGAGCGGUUCAAUUGCCAACAGGGGCAUGAUCGCCCCGGUAUACAAUCCAUCCAAGGCCGCCGUCGUCCAACUAGGUCGCAGCUUGGCUUCCGAAUGGGGCCAGUACGGAAUCCGAGUCAACACCCUCUCCCCCGGCUAUAUUCUGACCCAGAUGCUCCAAAACCUCUUCGACGACUACCCCGAGCGCCAGACUAAGUGGGCAGGCGAGAACAUGCUCGGCCGCAUCAGCAGCCCCCAGGAGUUCCGCGGCGCCGCCGUCUUCCUCCUCAGCGAUGCCAGCAGCUUCAUGACGGGUAGCGAUCUUCGCAUUGACGGAGGCCACACGGCUUGGUAG